AUGAUAGCCACACUGAUGCUGUUUACGGUUUACUGCGCGCUUAUUCUCGCCAUGACCUUUCGGGCGAAAAGCAUCAAGCCCUGGACCCCAACUAGUAUCCGCACAACUCUGAUCUUUGUCCAACUUUCAGAAGUCUUCUAUCUUCUCACAACAACCUUUCUGAAAGUCUCUCUCGGUCUGUUCUUCUUGCGAGUCUUGACCAAAAAAUGGCAAAAGCAUGUCUUCCACACCGUUCUCACAAUUGGAGUGUUUUAUGGCUUUUUCUACUUCUUCAUUGUGCUCUUCCAAUGCGGCGACCCUAGACAUAUUGGCGACGAUUUUAUUCAAAAGUCAUCAGACAAGUGCCUGCCUCCAGCACUCCGGAUGAGCGCUGGAUAUAUUUACGGUAUCAUUAACGUCUUGGCAGACUGGACAUUUGUCUUGAUCCCCAUCUCAGUCCUGAUGGAUAGUGAUUUGGAUCGCCGGAGCAAGAUGAGUGUUGGCAUGGUCAUGGCCUUGGGAGCUGUUGGCAGUGUAAGCUCGAUAAUGAGACUGGUGUAUCUGGAUGGCUUAGAGUUGAGCACCUUGGAAUCGUUGAACCCGCAAGCGGUAAAGGCAACCAUUUGGGCGACUGCCGAACCUGGGACUGGAAUCAUCGCAGCUUCCAUUGCCAUCCUACGCCCUCUGUUCCGGCAGAUAUUCAACGAUGUCCGCAAGUCAGCAUCACUCAUUUCCAAACCUCGCAAGUCGGAGUCUUCGGACGACGAGAUUGCACUGAGAGGUCCUGAAACUGUGACACCGAAUGUGGACAGCAAGCCGCUGAACGUAGAGACUAAGAGGAUGAGCAUGGACAGCAUCCGUGGUGAGGACGCCCUGUCGCCAUGGAGCCCAACCAUUUCGUCGACAGCGGGUGUGCCGCGCAUGAUUCUUGUAAAGGGAAAGACGACGCCAGCAUCGUGGCCAAAGACGGGAUGA